UUCAUAUACAACGCACAGCUCAAGGUGCUCGUGCGCGUGCCACAGUCUGCCUCCAGAAAAGGGGGCGUUUUGACAGGGAUCAGCUUGCGGCGCGCCACAAGCAGUGCUCGCGCGCAGUUUAAUUACUUGGCUGGCGCUGGGCUGGAGAGACGUCAGCUCUUGGUUGUAGCCGGUCCAACCUCCAAGCUUCCCGCUCUGCAACCUGCUGCGCCAUCGGCACCCCACGACGUCGAUAAAGACAAGGCCUGCAGUCUUUUACUAUAAUUCUCGAACAAACUACAGACACUUGUCAAUUCCAGCUCCCAUCUUUCCCGAACGUUCGUCGUACCGGCCGUUGUAACCGCUCGACCGCCCCGAGUCCCCCGUAAUUUGGUCCGCCUUCCGAGUACAACAAGUUUCGCAACCCGGGCCAACUGAAGCAUCGACCGACCAUGGCGCCCCGAAUCGAACCCCAAGAAAUCGAAACCUACUGGAACAUUUUCUCGACCCGCACCAAUGGAGGGCAGUUCCUCACGGGCGAGAUGGCCGCGCCCGUCCUCAAGAACUCCGGGCUCCGCGACGACCAGCUCGAGCGGGUGUGGGAUCUCGCCGAUGUGGAUAACGACGGCAACCUUGACUUUGAGGAGUUUUGCGUCGCGAUGAGGGUUAUUUUCGACUUGCUCAACGGGGAGUACGCUGAUGUCCCCAAAGUGCUGCCGGACUGGCUGGUCCCGGAGAGCAAGAGCCAUUUGGUGAGCGCGAACAAGGCGAUUAGGGGACAGGAGCCAAAGAUGGAACGGGUGGAGGAUGAGGAGGAGGAGGAGGGGUUGAAGGACGGAUUUGAUUGGUAUAUGAGCCCGGAGGACAAGAGCAGGUAUGAGGCGGUGUAUAGGGAGGGGAGGGAUAUGAGGGGGGAGAUUAAUUUCGAGGCCCUCAGCGAUCUCUACAACAGCCUGGACGUGCCGGACACAGACGUCCGAUCAGCGUGGAACCUCAUCAACCCCAACGCCUCCCAGACGAUCAACAAGGACGCCUGCCUGGCGUUCUUGCACAUCCUCAACUACCGACACGAGGGCUACCGCAUCCCGCGCACCGUCCCGGCCUCCCUCCGAGCGAGCUUUGAGCGAAAUCAAAUCGACUACCAAGUCGACAACCAAGCCGCCAAGUCGCGGUGGGCCACCAAGGCCGACGACGAGACAUCAACAGGCAGAAAGGCAAAGUUUGGUGACCAAUAUCUCACUCGGUUGGGGAGAAGCGGGUUCACAUCCAAGGGCACGGAUUUCACCACGACGAAAAACAGCGAUGCCGAGUGGGAGGAGGUCAGGCUGAAGAAGCAGCUGCAGGAGCUGGAGGACAAGCUUGCCAGGAUUGAGCAAGGGGUUGAGGCGAGGAAAGGUGGCAAGCGGGACUCCAAGCCAGCGCUGGUCAAGAGGGAGUUGGAGCAACUUUUGGAUUACAAGAGAAAGGAGCUGCGAGACUUGGAAGAAGGCAAGGGGAAGAGCAGGACAGGAAGCAACCUGAAAAGCGUCAGCGAAGACCUCCAGACCGUGAGGGAGCAAGUGGAGGGAUUGGAGUCGCAUUUGAGGUCGAGACAGGAAGUUCUUGAGCAGUUGAGGAGGGAGAUUGAGGAGGAGAAGAUCUCUCGGUGAUGCAAGGCGGGUAAUAAUGUAUAGUGGUUCACAACGACGAGCG